AUGAGCGAACAGUUACCCAUAAAAUUUCAAGAGCAUACACAGUUGCAAAACCUUGGUGUUAAUGCAGCUAGUAUCGCUUUCACCACUUUGACCAUGGAAUCGGACCGCUUCAUCUGUGUCCGUGAACAGUUCAACAACCAAAACCAAGUUGUAAUUAUUGACCUGCAAAAUAAUAAUGAAAUUACUCGUCGUCCUAUCACCGCCGAUUCAGUUAUUAUGCAUCCAACUGCCAAGGUUAUGGCUCUCAAAGCUCAAAGACAACUCCAAGUUUUCAACCUCGAAUUAAAGACGAAGCUCAAGUCUCAUAUGAUGGCUGAGGAUGUUGUGUUUUGGAAAUGGUUGGAUAAUAAAACUAUCGGUCUUGUUACUGCAAAUCAUGUUUAUCAAUGGUCCAUUGAAGGUGAAUCUGCUCCCCAAAGAUUAUUCGACAGACAUGUCAGUUUACAAGGCGAAGGCGUACAGAUUAUUAAUCUCCGGGCUUCUGCUGAUCAAAAAUGGUACGUGCUCAUCGGUAUUUCUGCCAGAGAUGGUCGUGUGCAUGGCUCUAUGCAACUAUAUUCCAAAGAUCGCGGUGUUAGUCAACCUAUUGAAGGCCAUGCUGCUGCUUUUGCUCAAAUUCAGUUAGAAGGUUGCCCUCAACCUACUAAAUUGUUUACAUUUGCAGUUCGCUCUGCCAACGGCAGCGCUAAGCUUCAAAUUAUCGAAGUAGAUCAUCCAGAUACCAAUCCCCCUUUUCAAAAGAAAGCGGUCGAAGUAUUCUUCCCUCCUGAAGCCGCUGUUGAUUUCCCAGUUGCUAUGCAAAUCAGUCACAAAUAUGGUAUCAUUUUUUUGAUCACCAAGCAAGGUUUCAUUCAUCUUUACGAUCUUGAAACUGGUACCUGUAUUUACAUGAACCGAAUCAGCAGCGAAACUAUUUUCGUCACUGCUGAAUAUGAAAGUACAUCAGGUAUUAUUGGUGUUAAUAAGAAGGGUCAAGUUCUUUCCGUGUCCCUUGAUGAAGAGCACAUUGUACCUUAUAUCAUCAACAAUUUAAACAAUACAGAAUUGGCUCUGAAGCUGGCUUCUCGUGGUGGUCUUCCUGGUGCCGAUAAUUUGUAUGUUGCCCGUUUCAAUCAAUUGUUCUCCUCCGGUAACUUUACAGAGGCUGCUAAAGUCGCUGCCAACUCACCACGAGGUAUUCUUCGUACAACAGAAACAAUUGAAAAGUUCAGACAGAUUCCUGCAGCCCCUGGCUCAUUACCUCCAAUUUUACAAUAUUUUGGCACGCUUCUCGAAAAGGGCGUUCUCAACAAAUACGAAUCACUUGAACUUGCUAAGCCUAUCCUUCAACAAAACCGUAAAGAACUUUUGGAAAAAUGGUUGAAGGAAGAUAAAUUAGAAUGCAGUGAGGAACUUGGUGAUUUUGUCAAGCAAUAUGACUCACUUCUAGCAUUAUCUGUGUACUUACGUGCUGAAGUGCCCAACAAAGUUGUUCUUUGCAUGGCUGAAAAUCGUCAAUAUGAAAAAAUCUUGGCUUAUGCAAAGACUGUUGGAUUCACACCUGACUAUCCCAGCUUGCUGUACAACAUUGCUCGUACAGAUCCAGAGAAAGCAGCUGAAUUUGCUACCUCACUUGUAAAUGAUGAAAACGGUCCUUUGAUUGAUCCUGAAAAGGUCGUUGAUGUCUUCCAAUCUCAAAGCAUGAUUCAACAAGCUACAUCUUUCUUGUUAGAUUACUUGAAGGGUAACAGAGAGGAAGAUGCUGCACUCCAGACUCGUGUACUUGAGAUGAAUUUGAUACAUGCUCCUCAAGUAGCUGAUGCUAUUUUGGGUACUGGCAUGCUCACCCAUUACGAUAAGGUUGUAGUUGGUAAUUUGUGUGAAAAGGCUGGUUUAUAUCAACGUGCUUUGGAACAUUAUACCGAUAUCCAUGACAUUAAACGCAUUAUUCCUUACACUCAUCAAAUGAACGCUGAAUGGCUCGUCAAUUACUUUGGUGAUCGCUCUGUUGACCAAGUUUUGGAAUGUUUGAAGGAAAUGCUCAAUAUCAACCUUCGUCAAAAUCUUCAAAUUGUUGUUCAAAUUGCUAUUAAAUACUCUGACCAAAUUCAGCCUCACAACUUGAUUGAUCUUUUUGAAUCUUUCAAGAGUAAUGAGGGUCUUUACUAUUAUCUUGGCUCUAUCGUCAACAUGAGUCAGGAUGGUUUAGUGCAUUUCAAGUACAUUCAAGCUGCUUGUCGUACCGGUAAUAUUCGUGAAGCCGAGCGUAUCUGUCGCGAAAGUACCUAUUACGACGCUGAAAAGGUCAAAAAUUUCUUGAAGGAGGCCAAGCUUACUGAUCAACUUCCCCUCAUCAUCGUUUGCGAUCGUUUUAAUUUCGUCCAUGAUCUCGUUCUCUAUCUUUAUCAUAACAAUCUGCAAAACUUUAUCGAGACUUACGUCCAAAAGGUCAACCCCUCCCGUACUCCUGAGGUCAUUGGUGGCCUUCUAGAUGUCGGAUGUGAUGAAGACACCAUCAAAAACUUAUUGCUCUCCGUUCAAGGAGAAGUUCCUGUUGAUAAGCUCUGUGAAGAAGUCGAACAAAGAAACCGCCUUAAAUUGUUGCUGCCUUGGCUGAACAUGCGUGUUACUGCUGGUAGCACCGAUCCUGAAGUUUACAAUGCUUUGGCCAAAAUCUACAUCGACACUAACAACAACCCCGAGCCUUUCCUCAAGGAAAAUGAAUACUACAAUCCUCGCACUAUUGGUAAAUACUGUGAAAAGCGCGAUCCUUACUUGGCUUUCAUCUGUUAUCGAAAGGGUCAAUGUGAUUAUGAAUUGGUUAACAUUACUACCGAAAACUCAAUGUUCAAGCAUCAAGCUCGUUACCUCGUUCAGCGUCGCGAUGAAGCUCUUUGGGCUUCUGUUCUUAAUGAAAAUAAUGAACACCGUCGUGAAUUGAUCGAUCAAAUUGUCGCUGCUGCGCUUCCUGAAUGUAAAGACCCCGAUGAUGUCUCCAGCACUGUCAAAGCUUUCAUGGCCGCUAACUUGCCCAACGAAUUGAUCGAACUUUUGGAAAAGAUCGUGUUGGAGAACAGUGCUUUCAGCGAUAAUAAAACUCUUCAAAACUUACUGAUUUUCACCGCUGUGAAGGCUGAUCCAUCUCGUGUCAUGGAUUACAUCAAUCGAUUGGACAAUUUUGAUGCUUCUGAUGUUGCUGAAGUCUGUAUUGGCGAAAACUUGUUCGAAGAAGCCUUUGUUAUCUACAAGAAGAAUAAGGUAGAGGGUAGCGCCAUGGAUGUGUUGAUUGAGAAGAUUGGUGACCUUGAUCGUGCUUAUGAAUUUGCUGAACGUUCUGAUAAGCCUGAUGUUUGGAGCAAGCUUGCUAAGGCUCAACUAGAUCAAAUGCGCGUUAAGGAAGCUAUUGAUUCCUACAUUCGCGCCAACGACACCUCUAACUACAUGGAAGUCACUCGCUGCGCCGCAAUGGAUGACAAAUAUGAUGAUCUUGUCCGAUACUUGCAAUUAGCCCGUAAACUUUCUCGCGAGCCAUUCAUUGAAACUGAAUUAUUGUAUGCCUUCUCCAAGACUGACCGUUUGGCCGAUUUGGAGGACUUUUUGGCUACUCCCAACAUUGCCCAAGUUCAAGAAGUUGGUGAUCGUUGUUUCCGUUCUGGUAUGUUCGAAGCUGCCAAAAUUUUGUACAGCAGCAUUUCCAACCAUGCUAGUUUGGCUCAAACUUUGGUCCAUUUGAAGGAUUAUCAAGGUGCAGUUGACUGUGCCCGUAAGGCAAACUCCACUAAGGUUUGGAAGGAAGUCAACGCUGAAUGUAUCCGUCAGCGUGAGUUCCGUUUGGCACAAAUUUGUGGCCUCAACAUCGUUGUCCAUGCUGAAGAAUUAGAUGAAUUGGUUAAGACUUACGAAAAGAAUGGUUAUUUCGAAGAAAUUAUCAAAUUACUAGAAGCUGGUUUAGGUUUAGAACGUGCUCAUAUGGGCAUGUUCACAGAAUUGGCCAUCCUUUAUUCUAAAUAUGCUCCUGAACAAAUGAUGGAGCACCUUAAACUUUACGUCUCACGUAUCAAUAUGCCAAAGGUGAUCCGUGCCUGUAAUGAAGUACACUUGUGGCGCGAACUUGUCUUUUUGUACGUCAAUUACGAUGAAUACGACAAUGCCGUUACUGCCAUGAUGGAACAUUCUGCUGUUGCAUGGGAACACAGCGCUUUCAAGGAGAUUAUUGUCAAGGUCUCUAAUGUUGAGUUAUAUUACAAGGCACUCAAAUUCUACCUUGCUGAACAACCUUUGCUUUUGAACGAUUUGCUUGCUGUGCUCGUUCCUCGUCUCAAGCAUUCUCGCGUUGUCCAAAUCUUUGAAAAAUCCGAUAAUAUUCCCUUGAUCAAACAAUACUUGGUAUCUGUUCAGGAUGUUAACAAUAAGGAAGUAAACACAGCUUUGAACGAACUCUAUAUUGAAGAAGAAGACUAUGAAGCAUUACGUGAUUCUAUCGAUCAUCAUGAUAACAUUGAUCAAGUUGAUCUUGCUAAACGUUUAGAAAAGCAUGAAUUGUUAGAAUUCCGUCGUAUUGCUGCAGUUCUUUACAAAAAGAACAGAAGAUGGAGACAAUCCAUUGCUCUCUCAAAAGAAGACCGUUUGUUCAAGGAUGCUAUGGAAACUGCAGCCGAAUCCAAAGAUCGAGAAGUUGCUGAAGAACUCUUACAAUACUUUAUUGAGGUUGGCAAACGUGAGUGCUUCGCUGCUAUGCUUUAUACAUGUUACGACUUAAUGAGACCUGACUAUGUGAUGGAACUAUCCUGGAGACACGGUUUGAACGAUUUUGCUAUGCCGUAUAUGAUUAAUAUUAUGAGAGAACAAUUCAAUAAGAUCUCUGUCUUAGAUAAGGAAGUUAAUGAGCUUAAAGAAAAGGUCACAAAACAAGAAACAUCGAGUGAUAAUGCGUCCACAGUUCCUUUGGGUGGUGCCAUAGGCAAUCCUCUUAUGCUGACUGGACCUGGAAUGAUGCCUCAUCAAUUCAAAUAA